CUGCGGCCCCGAUGCGUUAAAUGUGGGUGCGCCACAUGACAGCCUUAUGCAUGCAAGUACGAGAUAGUCCUUGUUGUGCAAAUUGCGGAGAAGCGCGCACUGUGAAGGCUGCAAUCACUUACUGUCCACCCACAAAGUUUACUCCGUCGGUGCUUACGCGCCAUAUCGUCACCCUGGGGAUCUCUUACGCGUCUCGUUUGAGGACAUAUCUCAUCAAGAAUCGCCCACUAUUCCUUUUUAGUUUCUAAAGUUCCUAGCCACGCUUCUACUGCUAAACUGAUCAGCAAUAGUAACAACCACAGCCGAAAUUACGGCACAGCUGUUAGCAAUUUAAACAACGAAUUUAUCCAACAUACUUGGAACUGUGACGGGACUAAAAAUCUGUUUGCAACGGUUUUCAAACCAAAGCCGCGUCGCUACAUAUGACUAUUAUUCUAGAAUGCGAUGGUGUUUGGAGUAAGUAGGUUGAGCUCCAGGAACUGUUACAAAGUAAAAGAAUUGAUGUAUGCACCAUCAACGAGACCUUCCCAAAGUCGCAUUUAACACCACUCGAUACCUCAGCUAGCUCUACAAAGUUCCGAGGCAGUGGGAACUUUUCUAAGGCAGACCAGGGGUUCUUGUCUGUGCUCGCUGUCUACGAAUCCCCUUGGAAGCUACACCGCUCUUGGAUAUGGACGCCAUUUUGGCGAGCGACUUCUCUGCUGUUUGGUGCAGGGGCCUCAAUUGCAAGCAUCCUUCAUGGAACAGCCGAGCCGAUAACUCGAAGGACCACAUCCUUAAGGUCUAUACUGCGCACGGGCUGUGCAAACUAGGUCCCCAGCGACUAACACACUCGGCGACUACAGGCACAAUGGACGUACUGAAUAUCACCCUACUAGAAGAUGUACGUCUCACAAUGGGAAUUGAAGUGCUCCACGUACUGUCCUCCGAUCACCUUCCAAUUAUUCUCGAGAUGGGCGACGAGAAGAACACAUUGAAGCUUAUCAGCCUCCCUUUUACCAACUGGGACGGAUAUACCGAGAUUUUAGAGACCGCUAUCCCUUUGUGUCCGUCAGUACCACCUACACCCGCUCUGCUGGAUGACGCCGUCGCCUUAUUCGAAAGCGCAUUGGCCAUAGCUCGCACUACUGAUACAACAACUUGUGAAGUAACGUACCGCCCCAAUAGGCUACCUGAUAAAAUAAAGUCACUUAUCUGCCAACGCCGACGUCUUAUCUGAUUGGCCAAGUUGUCGAAGAGCGCCGAAGACAAACUUGCACUUAAUCGACUGCACAGUUGCAUAAGAAAGAAGCUCAUAGCCCAUUAUAGCAAUAAAUGGGAUGCCAGGCUCACCAUAUAUCCUAAUUAGACCAUCGCAGUCAUUCUACCUUCUGUUAAUUAGUUCAAAAUAUUAUAAAUCGGGGACUUGCACCGAUAGCGCCCCUUUGUGAAGGAAAUAUAGUAGGAGAGUGAUGAAGACAAAACUUUAAUUUUUUUGCUACACAAAACGUGACAGCUGCUCACUUAACUGCCAAUGAUGCGUUCCAACUGCUGAGCUUCCUUCUUCCCGAUGUUCACGAACCAUUUGAACUAGCUAAUGUUGACGAGGUUCAAGCGAUUGCCGAAGAGCUACCCAAACGAAAAAAAAGUCUGGCCCCGAUGGCGCCACUAUUGAGUUGCUGAAGAAAUUGCCAUCACCAGGGGUGCAUUAUCUGUGCCUCCAGGUAAAAGCUGCGAUGGUCCUCGGCGUCUUUCCGGCCGAGGGGAGACGGCGGCUGUAGUGAUGCUAUCAAAGACACUCAAACCGGAAUCAGCAACUAGCAGGUACCGACCCAUCAGUUUCCUGUUAGCGGUCGGCACUGAGGGUGAGGCAGGCCAUUUUACUGCGCCGUCUAAAAGAGGUCGUUAAUGCUCGGGAUGCCACGCCGGAGUUUUAGUUUGGAUCCCGGUAAGGACACGCAACAACCCACCAGCGCCUCCGCUUAACUGAGUGAACCACUCGCGCUUUUAACUUUAAGAGGGUAACAGGCCCUGUUCUCUGACGGUGAAAAGGCAUUUGAUCAAGUUUGACUUGGAGGUCUGCCGCACAAACUACGCACGUUAUCCGUUCCUCAUGGUCUUUACAAUGUGCUGAAGUCAUAUCUAUAUGACCGCGUCUUCAGCGCACGCGUGAGAGAUACACAGUUGCUGCUGCAAUUUCUGACUGCAGGGCCCCUUCUUCCGCCCCUUUAAUUUGCUGUUUAUAUGAGCGACGUGCCCUUGCCUUCAAAUCCACCUACACCAAUCGCCCUCUACGCCAAUGAUACGGCCAUUUACUCAACGUCGAAUUCUCCCGUCCCGCUAUGCAAGCAUCUACAGCGCUAUCUUGAUACUCUUGCUAACUGGUGCCGUAAUUGGAAAGUUUCUAUAACUGCGAUGAAGAGCAAAUGCGCUUUUAAUUACUAAGAAACACGUCCUCUUGUUAGCCCCCUUUACCCUUGAUGGCGAGAAGAUUCCGUGGUGUUCUCAAGCGAAAGACUUGGGAAAUCCUCAUCGACAACAAACUUUCCUGGCAGGCGCUCGUGGACUAUGUAGUGGCGAAGGUCAAGGCGGCAACUAAGGCGCUUUACCCUUUACUAGGCGGUAAUUGUUUAUGUCUUACAUCCAGUCAACGAUAACAUACUCGCCUGCUACUUAGACCUACGACUUCUUUACUAUGCAACCUGCGACUCCUUUGCAAUAGCGUCGGCCUUUCAAGUGCUACAGAACAAACUGCUGCGCGCGUUGACAAACUCUCCGUGGUUUGUGCGAGAUGAAGCAAAUGAAGCUCUUGAGACCAGGACCUGUGGCUGAACCCUUUAACCGUCGUCUUCCAACGUAACGCCAAUGCCCUUUACCACAGAUUAGCCAGGAACACUAAUCGCCUGCUGGUGAGUGUACUUACUUACGAGCCUUGGGACGGAGGGACGGAGUACGUUAUCGCCGCCCACGUGACGUGCGCUGUUACGUGAGAUGUCUGCAAUCGCUUCUGAUUGAGAGCUCAAAAGGAGCUCAUAGUCGGGGAAGCAUGACCAGUAGUGGUGCUGGUCAGUAUCUCCAGGCGGCCUCGGACCAAAUAUUGGAGCCCGGGCUGCAUAUUUCCCGCUUUUCUAGUCCUUCAGCACAGACAUUAUAGCUUUAUAUGUAAGCUGGUGAGCACUCAUGCUCUAACCCCUACAGAAGAAAGGAAUAAAGAUUAAGCGGCUUAAGAUCUCUUACGAACACCGGCUGUAGUAUUUCAGUGCCUAGAGAUAAAGCGUCGAACAGGAGAUAAAAUAGGUAAAAUCUCUGAGAACCACUAUGUUUUAAAAUGACCACCAGUUUUUCAUCAAGACUCAGCAACAGCUCACGAAGCAAAUCUUCGCGCAAAAUUUUGACAUUUAGAAUUGAUCAUUGGUCCUUAUCAAAUCCAGCCUUAACUCCUUAGCCUAUUAAAGCCGGUCACAAGAGAAAAAGUCUGCUCUGCAUGCUCCAAAAAUUUGAAGCAGCUGAAGGCAUUCCC